GUUAUGUUGUCGCCCGUGUUCUCUUCCGUCUAGUGCCGUUGUCGUCGUCCGCCUCAUGGCUGACGUCUUUCGCAAGCUGCUGCUGCUUGUCGUCGUCUUUUUGCUGGUCGUCGUCGUAGUGUUUCACGUGUGUUUCCUCGGGAACGCGCCGCGGCGUCGACGUAGACGAACUUUGCCGAUGAAGCUCGUCAGGACGGAUACACGAGAGGGAUCCCCCAGGGGAGAAGGGGAGCAGGUAGUGAGUAGGCGUGCCGUUGAAAGUUCUUCUUCGGUUUGUAGGUUGUCGCUGGGGGUCGGCAAUUCUGCAUUGUCGCCGCACUUGCAACCCCUCCCAGACUCAUCUGAUGAGGAGGAGAGGGAGGGACGGGCACGCACUGUUCCGUUGGGUAGUGGAUCUACGCAAGAAUGGGUCUGGACGGAGUUGUGCGGUGGCAGUGCCGGCGUGUGCGAGCAGUUCUUCAUUGAACUGCUGCGGCCGGGUCUCGACGGGGAAGAAGGACACGGUGGAGUGAACCUCUCUUCCGGUCUCUCUACAGGGAGGUGUGGAAGCCAGACGUGCACAGUGAUCGUCAAUCCCCAUCCCGACGACGACGGUGGGCAGUUAACCGCUGUGGACCGAUCAUCGAAAUCCACCGGUGCGCAGCAGUGGCAGGGACGAUCGACUUCCAUCUCCAGGAGCGCGCAGGGUCGCCCACAGUUUAUGCAGUCACCGUCUCCAGUGUCUGCUGCGUCCAACAUGGGAUGUCGAAGUGCCAUUGUCACGGAGGGGGGGGGCAACUUGGACGACGUCGGUGACGACCGCGAUGGGAGGUUAGUGUGGGCGGAGCAACGACGGGAGCUGAGGGAGGGUCGAGAGAAAGCAAUCAGGCGGGGGGUGGAGCGUCUGAGGAUGGACAGGCAGGCGGAAGAAGUUGAGGAGCCACAUGCGGGGCUUCCGUUCGAAGAGGACGACGACGACAAUGAAGGAGAGGCAGGGGACGGGAACGGUGGUUACGCCUCGCCAUCGGAGAACAGCGACAUGGGUGGGAAGGGCGGCAAGACGAAGGCGAAGGGCGGGAAUGGUCGUGGGCGGCCGAAAAAAGCACAAGCAAAGGCGAACGACGGAGACGACGACGGCGAGGCAGAGGAGAAGCAAAACUUUUGGAGUGUCGAACAUAUCAUCGCCCUCAUACGGGCGAAACGCGAUCAGGAUGCGCACUUGCAGGGGAUGGACCACCCGUACGGCCGGAUGAAGCCGAGGGAGUGGAAAUGGAAUGACGUCGCCAGAAGAUUGAAGAAUGUCGGUGUGGAGAGGAAGGCGGAGAAAUGCGGGAAGAAGUGGGGCUACCUCAUGCAGCAAUUCAAGAAAGUUGAGCGCGAAGGAGAGGGCGACUUCUUCAAGUUGAGCGCGAAGGAGAGGGCGAGCAAGGGUUUCAAUUUCAACAUAGAUCGCGCCGUUUACGAGGAGAUUGAAGGGUCGACCGGUUUCAACGAAACCAUCAACCCGAAAAACGUUGCAGACACUGGUGCCUCUCACGGUGUGGGUUCGCCGUCGACGUCGAAUGGUGAUCCUGAAGCAGUUGGUGAUGACGACGCCGGUGCGGGGGGAGACGAUGAGGAGGAGGGAUCGACUCAUGGUUCUUCCCAGACGACGGGCAGCCCUGGUGGGUUUGAAAAGAGGAAGAGCACGCGCCAGAAGACGUUCGAGGCAAUGAUCGAUUGCAUGGAGAAGCACGGAAACGUAAUGUCUUCUCGCGCCGUUUCACGUGGGAGAGGUGUUGGGAAACAAGUAACGGAAGGCGAGCUUGUACCGAAGAAAGGUUGCCACGAUCCCAUAAAGAGAAGAAGGGGCGUCCAAGGUGGGAACGGCGUAGUCGGGCGAGAGGUCGAGUCAGAUUGGGUGGAUGAAGAGGAGAGACAGGAGGAGGACGCCGACUUCGAAGAAGAAGAGGAACAGACCCUUAAGAGGAAAGUGAAGCAGAGAACGGGGGGCGCUAUACGGAUCGAAGUGGGGGAGGGGGAUGCAGCAGAGGUGGCUCAUGAUCAGCCGCGGACGCCCUCGAAUAGGCAGAACUAACAGCCUGUUGGCGUGGCUAGCAGUUCCCAGGCUGUGAUCGACAUGUCUGCAAAGCGAGC